AUGACGAUAUUGAGAAACAGACGUGGCUUCGAGAGCUCCGACAGACCUUGUCUCGCCGAGACUCGACGAGACCUUCGGGCCUGGCUAGCAUGCCCACAGCCGAACGAUCUCUUCCCUGAAGCCAAAGAGAGAAGAAUCAAUGGGACGUGCGAUUGGAUUAUUGACCGUCCCGAAUUCGUUGAGUGGCUUGCUCUAAACAAAGCGUGUAAAAUUGUCGAUGAUACCGAAAGGCUCCUGUGGGUCAAUGGACCAGCCGGGUUUGGAAAGACUGUUCUAUGCGCGAGAAUCAUCGAACAUUUAAGAUCGAUAUCCCAGACGCCUGUGGUCUAUUUCUUCUUGUCAUCUGAAUUCGAAAGCCGCGACAAUCCCUAUGCGGCGAUUCGAGCAUGGGUCCACCAGAUGGCAUCGUCCGACCAGACUACCUACCAGUUGGUGCGAGAAAAGUGGCUAGCUCAAAACGAACAAUUCGCCACCGAGACAGAAAUCGUCAGUAUCUUUCGAGAAAUUUUGCAAGUCGUACCUGGAGCCAUCUUGGUCUUGGAUGGCUUGGAUGAGUGUACUUGGUUGGGGAAGGCUCCGCAUGACGGGAAGUCCUUGGGGAGGUUUCUCAACACCGUGAUCGGCGCAAUUACCAACACGGCAUCUCGCCUCCUAGUUGUCAGUCGGGACGAGCCUGAGAUUCGAAGUGCUAUGAUGUGCUCAAAAAACUGCGAAGAACUCAAAAUCGAUUCUGAAGACGUGAAAUCCGACGUUGCUCGAUACGCAAGAAGUAUUGUCGACAAGAAGCUGCCGAGAAAGGACGAAGCAACAAGAGAAGGUGUUUCCAAGAUGCUUGCGGAUCGGUCUAAUGGCCAACUCCUCUGGGUCAAGUUACACGAAGAUUCCUUGCGCAGCUGGAAGAACAAGAAGCAACUUGAGGAUGCGAUCAAUGAAAUACCGUCUGGACUUGAUCAUAUUUAUGAACGAAAUUGGACACGCAUUUCUAAACUACCAGAACCGAUCCGUAAACGUGCCUAUUCUCUAUUACAAUGGGCGGCUUUUGCUCUGCGGCCCUUGACCGUUAACGAAAUCUCCGAGGCUGUGUUGAUCGACGAGGAAGAUUUCAAUUUCCCUGAGGAUGAGUUGCCCGAUGAAGUUGAUGGCGACUUCAUUGAAAGCGAAAUACAAAGCCCCUGCGGCUCGCUUUUGGAAGUUCGAGGUACAUCUUCGGAUUCUAACAGAGGGUCAAGGACGGUGCACUUGACUCACUUUUCAGUCAAACAACAUUUUCUUUGCAACAUUUCAUCUCAAUCGCUAUCAAUUCGCAUGAACAGUCAAGUCUCAAACGAGCUUCAACAAAACAGCAGGCUAGCAAAGCUUUGCCUUCGCUACAUCAACAGUCAAUACUUCUGGGACUUUGAAGAGAAGAUCAAUUCGACGGUUCAAAUUGAAAGCACCCAGGAAGAAAACCUUCAAGUGAGCGUCAAGGGGUCAUUCCGACACUACGCCGCGAGUUCGUGGUAUCAGCAUUCCACCGUCGGUUAUGAGGAAGACGAAGAACUGACAGUGCUCAUGAUGAAUUUGUUCGAUGAAUUCAAUCCCAGCUGGGGAACGUGGCGUGACUUGUUUGAGAAGUACAGCGUAGAGCUCGGUUUGGGAGCUGAUUCAUCAACUGAACCUCACCAUGCUGGUCCUUUACACUACGCUGCCCGUCUUGGCUUCACUGAGCUUGCUUCCUGCCUCAUCCACGACGAGAAGCAUCAUGUGAAUGCCAAGGCGCCAUUUGGUAGAACAGCUCUUGAGAUUGCAGGCAACGCUGGGAAUUUGACACUCUCAAAGAUCCUUCUAGAUGCGGGGGCCGAUAUUUCAAUGUCGAAUCACACAGGGUCGACACCUCUCAUCGAAGCUUCGUAUUAUGGAGCCUAUGAGGUUAUUGAACUCCUUCUCGAUAGAGGCGCAGACUGCGAGAAAACAAGUAACUACAACUGGACGGCACUACACGUAGCUUCCUACUACGGCCAUCUCGACGUCGUCGCGUUGCUGCUUAGAAGGGGAGCUAACGUCACUGUUGCUAACGAUGGCGGUUGGACACCACUCAAUGUGGCCUCUCACUGCGGACACUUCGAUGUGAUUGAACUGCUCCUCGACAAUGGGGCCGAAAUUCUAACCCGGAGUAAUGAUGGUUGGUCGCCGCUUAAUGCUGCCUCUCAAUUUGGACACCUAGACAUUGUCAACUUGCUCCUGAGGAAGGGGGCUGAUGUUCACCACGCAAAUCUUAGCAAAUGGUCAUCGAUACAUUUCGCUUCUGAUGGUGGUCACUAUGAGAUCGUCAAUAUGCUUCUGGGUGCAGGCGCCGACGUCGCAGCUGUAACCAAUAAUUCAACGACGCCGCUGCAUAUAGCAUCAAGUCGUGGCCAUCUAGAGGUUGUCGAGCUACUUCUGGACAAUGGCGCUGACUCGAACGCUGUGGACGAUAGCCAAUGGACACCGAUUUUCUUGGCAUCGAGUUGCGGGCAUGAAAAAGUAGCCAAGCUACUUCUUAGUCGGUGCGACGACGUAUCUCGGGCCAACAAAGCCGGAAUGGUGCCACUUUACUCAGCUUCAGCUGUCGUGAACAGCAAGCUUGCUGAGCUGCUUCUUAGCGACUCUCGUAAUGAUGGUUCCUUGCGAGCCUACGCAGGAUGGACGCUACUCCACGAGGCGUCGUAUAACGGACGCGUUGGGGUGAUUGAACUACUUCUUGCUGAAGGAGUAGAUGUAGGGUUGACUGACGAGCGUGGGUGGACGCCUCUACACGCUGCAGCUCUGAGCGGGCAUACAGAAGUUGCAGAGUUGCUGCUUCAGAGCCCUAGGUGCAGUACCCAUGUACAAGAUAACAGUGGCCGAACACCAGUUUUUUAUGCAUCGGCCCGCGGGCAUUACGAGUUAAUCCAAAUACUAACCACUCAGAAUCGACUGGACCUUCAGAUCACGGAUCAGUAA